AUGACUUCCGUGCAAAUAAAAGCAUGUAUUCGAACAUUCUGCACCAGCAGCCGGGUGAACAAAUCGUUCGCCAAGUGGUACCAAAGUCUGUGGCAACCGAAAGGCAAUGAACCACCGUACGAUCAUAUCGUGCAAUUGGGCGAUCCCGUCCUGCGUGUCCCGGCGAACCAGAUUCCUGCCAAAGAGCUCAAAUCACCCGAAGUACGGUAUCUAGUCAAGCAUCUUGUUAAAGUGAUGCGAUCCUACAAGUGUGUAGGCCUGGCGGCACCACAGCUUGGGCUUCCUUUAAGAGCAUUCGUGAUGGAAUUUAAGGACGAUCUGCGGGACCAGUACACCAAGGCGGACUAUAAACUGCGCGAAAUGGAACCCUUACCACUGACGGUUUUCUUGAACCCCGAACUAAAGGUGGUCAACUACGAGAAGGUAACACACACGGAAGCGUGCGAAAGUGUCCGCGGCUAUCGGGCUGAUGUGGCACGGUAUCGCGAGGUGAUGAUAAAUGGUUUCGAUGCCAACGGGGACCCGCUGGAACUGCAGCUGAAAGGUUGGAAUGCUCGCAUAGCCCAGCAUGAACUGGAUCACCUAAACGGGAUCGUGUACACCGACCUGAUGAAUAGGAAAAGUUUGACCUGCACCUGUUGGCAGGCGGUCAAUGCGAACAAUGGACGCAUAAAGCUAUCGUUUGCAAAUAAAUAA